GCUUCCCAUUGACCCUGAUCAUUAAAUGACACGUCAAUCAGUAAGGGGAUGAGAGGAUGUUUGACCCUGUUACUAUAUCUGGUUUCAACCUCGUGCGGUGAACUUUAACUUCAACAGGGUAAUUGCACGGCUCUUUACACACUGGCACAGUGUGCUAAACUGAAUAACGAUGAACAGACAAAUAGUGCCUUGUUUCUUUACCGUCCUCGUUCUUGUUUUCAGCUAUGAUCUACAACAACUUGACAAGGAUAUAGAGGAAACCUUUAAGUGUCACGAUAAUCCUGGAUUAUCUGUUGCCAUUGUCAAAGAUGGACAGACUAUAUUUACAAAGGGAUAUGGAGUAAGAGAUUUUGACAGUAAAGACAAAGUAACAAAUGAAACAUUAUUUCUUAUAGCAUCGCUAUCCAAGGCCUUUGCAGCAACUCUUGUAGUAAAAUUACUACAAAAAUCACAGUACACCUUACAAACUACAGUUAAGGAAAUCCUUGGACCGAACUUUAAAUUUGCAGAUGAUCUCAGAACCGAAUAUACAACAGUGGAAGAUUUACUCAGCCAUAGAACGGGAACACCACCGAAUAACUUCAUCCGUUAUGAUAACAACUUAACCAGAAAUAAUCUGAUAAAACGUGUUAGAUAUCUGGAAGGUAGUAAAACUUUCCGUGGCAGUUUUAUUUAUAGUAAUGUGAUGUAUGGGCUGAUAACAACGAUUGCUGAAAAACUUGGUGGCAAGAAAUGGGAAAAGCUGGUUAAAGAGGAAAUAUUCGAUCCACUGGAAAUGACGUCAUCUACUUUUUCUACCACCAUUGAUUACAACAACUCGAACGUAGCUCGAGGAUAUAUAAAGGAUUCUGGCGAAGACACACUCGUAUCAACAGAAUUCUUACGACGAUGGGGUCUUCUAUGUGGUUCCGGUUGUGUUAUGGUCAAUGCUGUCGAUAUGACAAACUGGAUGCUGUUUCAUCUAAAUGGCGGAAAGAACAGAAAAGGCGAGCAAGUUCUUGACACCCAGGUUCUCAUGGAUAUGGGCAAGUCUAGAAGUGUCGCUAGGUCAUUCAAAUAUUACAACACUCCAGAAUUUCCAAGAAUGACUUCAAGAGAUGGUUAUGGCCUAGGCUGGUUUAUUGGCUAUUAUGAUGGACUCAAGAUUCAGUGGCACAGUGGUUCAACAUUUGGCUACAGAGCGCUUCUCACAUUAUACCCAGAUGAAAAUUUGGGUAUCUUUACAAGUUUAACUGGACAUGACGAUAAUUACAAAUACAGAAUAAGCCUUCAUAACUAUAUCACAGAUAAAAUAUUAGGACGAGAACCAUGGUUAAAUGUGUCCACGAUAUGUUCUUUCCCACUACCUUGGUUAAAUGAUACAGAAUCCGUUGAUAAAGUUUACAAAUUUAUAAGACCAUCUUUGGAAUUAUCCGCCUAUGAAGGUGAAUAUGAAAACAAACUUUAUGGGAAUUUGGUGGUAUACGUAAACGCAUCUAGAAACCAACUUGAGAUAGUUUAUGGAAUUACUAGAUUUUCUCUUAAGAGAUUUUCGGUCAAUUCCAACAAAACUGAGUAUUUUUAUGGUGACGGCAUGGGAAUAAUAUACCAGAAAGAUGUAUCCCCGUUCGUUUUCAAUUUGGAAUUACAAGACGGCAAAAUACAGUCGGUAACUGCUGAAGGCUUUUAUGGCGCAAAAAGUCCACCAAUAUUCACUCGAAAGCGUGUAAAUAUUAAAGGCAUAUCAGCAGCGUUAUCACCGUCCAAAUGUUUUUAUAUAUUUGUAUUGUAUUUCUUGUGUAAAAUUCUCUUAUAAAACUUGUCCAUAGUGUAAUAAUAAUGAUUGCUCAAUCUUUUACUACUGGUAUAUGCUCAAAACCGUUUGAGAGGAGGAACUAUUGAUAUAAUAUAGGUGUAUCCCCGUUCGUUUUCAAUUUGGAAUUACAAGACGGCAAAAUACAGUCGGUAACUGCUGAAGGCUUUUAUGGCGCAAAAAGUCCACCAAUAUAAAACUUGUCCAUAGUGUAAUAAUGAUGAUUGCUCAAUCUUUUACUACUGGUAUAUGCUCAAAACCGUUUGAGAGGAGGAGCUAUUGAUAUAAUAUAGGUGUAUCCCCGUUCGUUUUCAAUUUGGAAUUACAAGACGGCAAAAUACAGUCGGUAACUGCGCAAAAAGUCCACCAAUAUUCACUCGAAAGCGUGUAAAUACUAAAGGCAUAUCAGCAGCGUUAUCACCGUCCAAAUGUUUUUAUAUAUUUGUAUUGUAUUUCUUGUGUAAAAUUCUCAUUUUCUUAUAAAACUUGUCCAUAGUGUAAUAAUGAUGAUUGCUCAAUCUUUUACUACUGGUAUAUGCUCAAAACCGUUUGAGAGGAGGAACUAUUGAUAUAAUAUAGGUGUCUGCAUCCUAUAUUAAUAAGAUGGAUUUACCUCCCUUAUAUGAACCGGCAUAUAUUCGAACAUGACUGCAUCACAAAAUACGGAUUUCAGAAUAUUCCUGCUUCACAAUAUUAUAUGCAUACUUCAGAAUAGUGAAGUUGAUAAACGAACCGAAUCUUGAUAAGAAUUUUAGCCCGGUCUGCCAUUUAUCCAUAGGCGUACGAGGCGGGUACCACAUCCUGGUUAGUUUUAGGGCAAAUAAUUGUGUUUUAAAUUUCAAACAUUAAAAUUAUUAACUCUUUUGCUACUGAUGAUGAAACCAAGUGAAACCGUAGCAUUAUAUUUCAGAGACACCAUAUUUAAAAAUCAUAUUUUACAAAGUGAAAUCGCCGCCCCAAUGAACUCUUUAACCACAUCAAUGAGACUCUCUUUUACAAAGCGCCCUCUGUGAAAUAUAACUUUUAACAAUGUAAUUUAUUGAUAAGGCACGGGAUUUUCCAGACUUGCUGAAAGGUUUACAUCGGUCGUUACGUUCUGUUGCUCCACAGCCAACAUCGAUUCACAAUUGGCACAUUUGCCCCGUUUACACUUGGCCCCGAUAAACGCGCCGUUCUCGGCAAGGUACCAGGCCGCGGUGUAUUUCUUAUGAACUCUCUACAGACUACAUUUAUCAUCUGAUUGUUUUGAAAUCGGUAUAUGUUGUUUACAUUAAAGAGAUGAAGAAUCCUAUUUAAUUUUAAUAAUUUCCGUUAAUUUUUACUUGAGUAAUGGUCCUUGUUUUACUUUGUUUAACCUUGUGAACGCUCUAACGACUAAAGUUAUCACCCGAUCUGUAUGGAAUUUAUAUGCAUCAUUUAAAUUGGUGGAACAAAAACCUUAUUGAAUUUCAGCAAUUUCCGUUAAUUUAUUCUGGAGUUAUGGCCCUUGUUUCACUUUGUAGCACCUUUUUUAUAAGCAAUAAUUAUUUUUAUUCAGAUUUGUAUCUGAAUUUGAAUUGGGGAACAGGCAUGGCCUAUAGUAGAUCCCUUUCUGAGAAUUACUUCCAGUGUUAAGGCCUCUGUUUCAGUUUGUAGAACCUUGUGAACCCUCAAACGACGAAAAUUAUAAUCUGAUCUUUAUGUUAAUAAAUGCCUCCAAUUAUCUACAAAAGAACAAAUGUGCCGGACGAUUUAGCUGCUAAAGGCGUAUGUUUCGUUGCCUGGCAACCUAGCUUAUUUUGUUGGGUUUUUAUACGGCAACAUGUCCGUACACAAUUUCCGAUAAUUACUGCCAGAGUUUUGGCCCUUGAUCACUUUGAAAAAUCUUGUGGACGCUUUAGAGACCAUAGUUAUCACCUGAUUGAUUUAGGCCUUUAUAUAAUGUAUGAAAUGUGGCCGUAUAUUGUCGUCUCCCCCGUCCGUCCGUCCGGCGUACACAAUUUCCGGUAGUUACUGCCAGAGUUAUGGUCCUUGAUCACUUUGAAAAAUCUGGUGGACGCUUUAAAAGACCAUAGUUAUCAUCUGAUUGAUUUACGCCUAUAUAUAAUUGUUUUGAUUGACUUUAGAUUGAUACACAGAGUUUAAGGUCUUAGGGCCCUGUUGAUUUUCAAUGAUUUUUGAUAACUUGAACAGCUAAAUCUAUGAUAUGUAGCUGUUUUGUAUACUAAACGUUACAAUGGGCCAAACAAAUUCUAAUGAUUUUAGUGUAUUAUAAAUGUUUCAUUACCGACAAAAGUAAAAAUAUCCGACAACUCUUGUUGACUGUCCUGACCUGGACGAUUUAGCUGUUUUGGGUGUAUGUUUCGUUGCCUGACAACCUAUCUUUUUCUUUGUUUGGGUGGGUUUUUUUACAAUUUGCUAAAAUACAUAUUAGACAGUACGUGGUGCAUUUUUUAAUUAAUCAGAAUCUAAAUACAAAAACAAAUAUUAUGUAUUAGAUCCCUAUUUAACUAUACAUGUAUAUAGACCUGACUAUUACAUCUUUAUUUUGAUGAUUAAGUUUAAUGUAUAUUGCCAUAAAGUAUCACAUAAUUUGCAAUAUAAAUAUUUGUAUUUCUAUCGAA